GCUGGGUUCCUCGCCCACAGGGGAGGCGGGGCUGGGCAGCGUCGGGCUGCUUUAGGACUCGCCGAGCGAGGGGAGGAAGGUACCAUUUUGAUGGCAGGAGGGGGCUACCGUAGUCCUCCCUCCCGUCCGCGGGGCUGACGCACACUUGAUUGGUGAAUGCUUCCGCCGUCUAAAACAUUUCCUUCAGUCGCUAACUUUCAGAUUUUACCCUGCGCUUCUGUCUUGGUUAUAAUUCAAAGACAUUCAAGAAUUUCCUUACCUUGGACCUGUCACCAUCAUGGGAGAGAUUAAAAUCUCUCCAGACUAUAGCUGGUUCAGAAGUACUGUUCCUCUGAAAAAGAUCAUUGUAGAUGAUGACGACAGUAAGAUUUGGUCCCUCUACGACGCAGGACCCAGGAAUAUCCGGUGCCCCCUCAUAUUUCUCCCACCAGUCAGUGGAACGGCAGAUGUUUUCUUUCAGCAGAUUCUAGCCCUGUCUGGAUGGGGUUACAGAGUCAUUGCUUUGCAGUAUCCGGUUUACUGGGAGAUCUUUGAAUUCUGCGAUGGAUUCCGAAAGCUAUUAGAUCAUCUACAACUGGAUAAAGUUCACCUUUUUGGUGCUUCACUGGGAGGUUUCCUUGCUCAGAAAUUUGCCGAGUACACCCACAAAUCCCCCCGUGUCCAGUCUUUGAUUCUGUGCAACGCUUUCAGCGACACCUCGAUUUUCAAUCAGACAUGGACGGCAAAUAGCUUUUGGUUGUUGCCUGCUUUUAUGUUGAAGAAAAUUGUACUUGGGAAUUUUGCAUCUGGUCCAGUAGACCCUGAAAUGGCUGACGGAAUUGAUUUCAUGGUGGAUAGGCUGGAAAGUUUGGGUCAGAGCGAGCUGGCUUCAAGACUCACUCUCAAUUGCCAGAAUUCCUACGUUGAACCUCAUAAGAUCCGAGAUGUUCCUGUCACCAUCAUGGACGUAUUUGAUCAGAGUGCUCUGUCCAUGGAAGCCAAGGAGGAGAUGUAUAAGCUGUAUCCCAAUGCCAGGAGAGCCCAUCUUAAGACAGGAGGCAAUUUCCCAUAUCUCUGCAGAAGUGCUGAAGUGAACCUUUAUAUCCAAAUACACUUGCUUCAGUUCCAUGGGACCAGAUAUGCUGCUAUUGACCCCUCCAUGAUCAGCGCAGAAGAACUAGAAGUCCAGAAAGCUAAUCUCCAACCCAGCAACGAACAAGAACAACCAUCAUAAUUAGCUGAUUGGCCGUUCUUUCAUCAGGAGGGCCUCGCCUCUUUCCUUUUUGGCAGACUUCCCUUCCAGUCCCAUCUGACCUUCUCUUGUCCUUCUCUUUUCCCACUAAACUGGCUAGAACUGUGUCGUUAAACUCAGCUGGACGGAUUUCAUUAAAUGACAUAAGACUAUGGACGCUCGCUCCCAUUGCUGUUUCACAAGCUAUAUUUGGAUAAUAAAAGUUAAGGAUGCAACUUUGGAAGACUCAUUUAAGAACCAAACAAACACAGCUGUCAGACUUAAACUUUUGGUGUACCAAAGCCUUCAUUAUUGUGGUCUUACAGAGAAUAAUCUUUUUAAUAUAUACAGAUAUAUAUAUCUCCAUGCAGAAAGGGGUUACAUUGAACAAAUUAUGGAUGUCUUAAAGCUCAUUUAUAAUUUGAAUAUUUAGUUUUAAACUAUGUUGGAAGUGUCAAUGUUGCUGUUACUUUUCUUUAUAUACCGGUAUUGCUUAAUGACUUGAAAUCAAAGGGUGUUUUUUUUGUAAAAUUAACUUGCUAUCUAACUUUGUUUUGAAUAAAAUUUUAACUGGG